CCAGUUACACGGUGCGCGGGGAAGGUCCGGGUCCUCAACCCUGAAAGCCCCACGCUCAAGGACCCUGUAGACGUGCAGAUAAGAAUACACAUCUGUACCACGUAAGAAGUAACCCUGUGUGUGUCCCCAUACUUCAAGGACGACGGAAAUCGAACCCUCGGUACCACGCUCUCUUCCUUCCAUUCUGCCUUUUUGCGAUAGUUUUGAUACCCAAGUGUCCGCUUUCGAAUUACCUCGCAUCAACCAUGUCCGAAGAAGCUCAAGCUCAGCCAACUACUGCUGCAGUGGAGUCACCCCGCUCCUCUCACCCUGCAUCAUCGCCUCGAAGUCCGACAGAGGCGGUAGCUACCGCGGGGACGGCUAUCGAGGCUGAAGAGGAUGAUUAUGCGAAUGACUCUGCUUACGAAGGAGACUCUAUUGCAAGCUCAACUACAUCUAUUGGUUCCAGCGUCUUGAAGUACCGCGAAGAAAAUGGAAGAACGUACCACGCAUACAAGGAUGGAUCAUAUGCACUUCCUAACGACGAAGUCGAGAGCGAUCGACUAGACAUGCAACACCACGAAUUCCAGUUGAUGUUCAAUGGCAAACUCUUUACAGCCCCUGUACCUGAGACGAAAGUCCUCCAUCGAGUACUCGACGCCGGCACCGGAACAGGUAUCUGGGCGAUAGACUUCGCAGACGAUCAUCCCGAGAGUUCUGUUCUAGGCGUCGACCUGAGCCCAAUACAACCCUCUUUCAUUCCACCAAACGUCAAAUUCGAAGUCGAUGAUUUGGAAGCGCCGUGGACCUAUACACAGAAGUUUGACUUGAUCUAUGGUCGAAUGUUGAUGUGCUCUUUAAACAAUUAUCCUCGGUUCUUUGAGCAGGCUUUUGCGAAUCUUGCACCUGGGGGUUUCGUUGAGAUGGCGGACCCAGCCUGGCCGAUCAAGCUGAAUGAUGGGGAGUGGCCGGAGGAUUCUGCGCUGCUGCAAUGGGCGAAUUUGUGGGGUGAGGGCAUGGCGAAGAUGGGUCGUUCAGCCGAAUGUGCGAGAUUAUAUAAAUCGCAGAUGGAGGCGGCUGGCUUUGUGAGUGUAACGGAGACGACGUACAUUGUGCCCAACAACCGAUGGCCAAAGGACAAAAAGCUCAAGGAAAUCGGCAUGUGGCAAUGCGAAAACAUCGCUGGCCCAGAUGGAGGUAUCGAAGGUCUAAGCGCUGCGGUCUUCACACGAGUCCUAGGUUGGUCAAAAUUGGAAUUGGAUGUGUUACUAGCGAAAGCGAAGGCCGAGCACAGGAACACUAAGAUUCAUUCUUAUUAUGAAUAUCUUGUUGUUAUAGGUCAGAAACCAGAAGAGUAGUGGUGUAAUUGGAAGAAUGUCCGGACGAUGAACCAGGAUUUUUUGUAAAUGAAGUGGAAAUCAUUGCGUCCAAGUAUGGAGCUGAACAAGAACUAUGAGGUUCUCAUGAACUCACUGCCAUCAAAAAGACCUGAUGCGCGAAUACCAAAAGUCGUUGAAUGACCUGCUUCAUUUUCACAUUUCAGCCCUCUCCAUUCCAUGAGCUAAACGUUUCUUUCAUGUUUCGUCCGUUAAAUCCCUACCUAUCACACUGAUCCUCGGAGGCGCAUUCCUUUCAUUUCUUUCUCUUUAUUCAAAUUUCUGGUUUGUGGUUAUUUCUGCUGCCUGGUCUAUUGGUGGUAAAGUACCAAAAUCGACCUGCGGCACGGCCUGAAAUCUCUCCGUGGAGCAGUGCAGCAUGUAGGCACCAAGUUGAGUCUAGUACCUUCAGCUUGCAAAUCAUCUCUGCUACUUUCAACUUUCAUGAAGGUGGACAGAGUUUAGAGUUG